AUGAAGUUUGUCUUCCUCUGGGCUCUUAUAAACCUCCUUGGGGCUUGUGCCUUUAAUCCAGACCAUAUAGGUGGCAAGACUCCCCCAUACUUGGUCUACUUGAAAUCUGAUUACUUGCCCUGCACUGGAGUCCUGAUUCAUCCUCUGUGGGUGAUCACAGCUGCACAUUGCAAUUUACCGAAACUCCAGGUGGUACUAGGGGUCACAAACCCAUCAGACCCCAAAGAACGCAAUGUAGAAAUCAUCGGACACGAGAAGAUGAUCCAUCAUCCAUACUACUCAGUCUCUUCUAUUGAAUAUGACCUCAUGUUAAUCAAAUUGAAAAGAGUGAUCAGACCAAGUAAAUAUGUGGAAAUGGCCGAACUGCCCCAAUACAUCAUCCCUAAAAAUACCAUGUGUACUGUCUCCACGUGGGCCUACAACCUAUGUGACCUCACAAAGGACCCCGACACACUGCAAACUGUGAACAUCUCUGUAAUCUCCAAGACUGACUGUGACAAUGCCUAUAAAGCCUAUAACAUCAAAGAAAAUAUGAUCUGUGUGGGCAUUGUGCCAGGAAGGAGGCUGCCUUGCAAGGAAGUCUCAGCUGCUCCUGCAGUCUGUGAUGGGAUGCUUUAUGGAAUCCUGUCUUAUGCAGAUGGCUGUGUUUUGAGAGCUGAUGUUGGCAUCUAUGCUAGCAUCUUUCACUACAUGACCUGGAUUGAAGAGACCAUCAACAAUAACUGA